GGCGGGUCAUGGGCCGAGGGGGGGCGGCGGCGGAAGCCCGGACUCAGAGAAGCAUCGAGAACCGGAAGAAGGUCCCUUUCUAACUACCUACAAGACAUCUAACUUACCUACCUACAACAAGGACACUGAGAAGUUGGCUAUUUGCAAUCCAAGGAGAGUCCCUCACAACACCAACCAUGCUGGCACUUUGAUAUUGGACUUUCCAGACUCUAGAAUUAGGUGUCAACAAACAGUUACCCCAGUAUUACUGAAGUGGUCGAGUAUUGCUAUGUUCUUGCUGACAGAAAUCUAAGUGGAAUACUCUAGGUGCUCAAUAUGAAUUACUGUUGGUUGACUCUCUGGAAACAGAACCCAUGGAUACAGAGGACUGACUGUAUCUGAGGUAUAUUUUCUCAAGAGUGAUACUGAGAGUAAAAGCCCAGUUACACACGAUCUAUGGCCACUUUGCAUCAGCUGGGAUCUCCUGUCCUGAGGAAGUGACCUCAUGGCAACUGGCCAUGGGCCUGAAAUUCUCCAAGAUCUGUGCCUGUUUACUUGGAGCCCUUCCACAGAAGGAAUGAACUCCCAAGGACCAACUGCUGCCGGGCUUCUGGACUUGAGACAGGUUUGCCCCUGCCUCCCCAAGCAGUCUGUGCAAUCCGAAGGCUGAAAAGGAAUCUCACCAGAGACUCCCAGUGCAAAUCCAAAUGGAGGAAAAAGAAGAUGAUACUGAGGAAAGCUCAAGUGAAGAAGAAGAUAAGUUACCCAGAAGAGAGAGCCUGAGGCCAAAGCGGAAGCGGACCAGAGAUGUUAUCAGAGAGGAGGACCCCGAACCUGAGCCAGAGGAUGAAGAAACAAGAAAGGCCAGAGAAAGAGAGAGGAGGAGGCGGCUGAGAAGCGGAGCAGAAGAAGAGGAAGGGAUUGAUGUGGAAGAAUUGGAGAGACUGAAGGCCGAGUUAGAUGAGAAGAGACAAAUAAUUGCUACUGUUAAAUGCAAACCUUGGAAGAUGGAGAAGAAAAUUGAGGUUCUCAAGGAAGCAAAAAAAUUUGUGAGUGAAAAUGAAGGAGCUCUUGGGAAAGGAAAAGGAAAGCAGUGGUUUGCAUUUAAGAUGAUGAUGGCCAAGAAAUGGGCAAAAUUCCUCCGUGAUUUUGAGAACUUCAAAGCUGCUUGUGUCCCAUGGGAAAAUAAAAUCAAGGCAAUUGAAAGUCAGUUUGGGUCCUCUGUGGCCUCGUAUUUCCUCUUCCUGAGAUGGAUGUAUGGAGUAAAUAUGGUUCUUUUCAUCCUGACAUUCAGCCUCAUCAUGUUGCCAGAGUACCUUUGGGGUUUGCCAUAUGGCAGUUUACCUAGGAAAACAGUUCCGAGAGCAGAAGAGGCAUCUGCAGCCAACUUUGGUGUGUUGUAUGACUUCAGUGGCUUGGCACAAUAUUCCGUCCUCUUUUAUGGCUAUUACGACAAUAAACGAACGAUUGGAUGGCUGAAUUUCAGGUUGCCGCUCUCCUAUUUUCUGGUGGGGAUUAUGUGCAUUGGAUACAGUUUUGUGGUUGUCCUCAAAGCGAUGACUAAAAAUAUUGGGGAUGAUGGAGGUGGUGACGAAAACACUUUCAACUUUAGCUGGAAGGUGUUCUGCAGCUGGGACUAUCUGAUUGGCAACCCGGAAACAGCUGACAAUAAGUUUAAUUCCAUCACGAUGAACUUUAAGGAAGCUAUCAUUGAAGAAAGAGCAGCUCAAGUAGAAGAAAACGUCCACUUGAUCAGAUUCCUGAGGUUUCUUGCCAACUUCUUCGUGUUUCUAACACUUGGAGCAAGUGGAUACCUCAUCUUUUGGGCUGUGAAGCGAUCCCAAGAAUUUGCGCAACAAGAUCCUGACACCCUUGGGUGGUGGGAAAAGAAUGAAAUGAACAUGGUUAUGUCCCUGCUGGGGAUGUUCUGUCCAACACUGUUUGACUUAUUUGCUGAAUUGGAAGACUACCAUCCUCUCAUCGCUCUGAAAUGGCUGCUAGGACGCAUUUUUGCUCUUCUUUUAGGCAACUUGUAUGUAUUUAUUCUUGCCUUGAUGGAUGAGAUUAACAACAAGAUUGAAGAGGAGAAGCUUGUGAAGGCCAAUAUAACCCUGUGGGAAGCCAACAUGAUCAAAGCCUACAAUGCAUCCCUCUCUGAGAAUACCACUGGGCCACCCUUUUUUGUUCAUCCUGCAGAUGUUCCUCGAGGACCUUGCUGGGAAACAAUGGUGGGACAGGAAUUUGUGCGGCUGACUGUUUCUGAUGUCCUGACAACCUAUGUCACAAUCCUCAUUGGUGACUUUCUCAGGGCAUGUUUUGUGAGGUUUUGCAAUUAUUGCUGGUGCUGGGAUUUGGAAUAUGGAUACCCUUCGUACACCGAAUUUGACAUCAGUGGCAAUGUUCUCGCAUUGAUCUUCAACCAAGGAAUGAUCUGGAUGGGCUCCUUCUUUGCUCCUAGCCUCCCGGGCAUCAAUAUUCUUCGACUCCAUACAUCCAUGUACUUCCAGUGCUGGGCCGUGAUGUGUUGCAACGUUCCUGAGGCCAGGGUCUUCAAAGCUUCCAGAUCAAAUAAUUUCUACCUGAGCAUGCUGUUGCUCAUCCUCUUCCUGUCCACCAUGCCUGUUCUGUACAUGAUCGUGUCCCUCCCACCAUCUUUUGAUUGUGGUCCCUUCAGUGGCAAAAACAGAAUGUUUGAAGUAAUCGGUGAGACUUUGGAACAUGAUUUCCCAAGCUGGAUGGCAAAGAUUUUAAGACAGCUCUCUAACCCUGGGCUGGUCAUUGCUGUCGUUUUGGUGAUGGCAUUGACCAUCUAUUAUCUUAAUGCUACUGCCAAGGGCCAGAAGGCAGCAAAUCUGGAUCUAAAAAAGAAGAUGAAAAUGCAAGCUUUGGAGAACAAAAUGCGAAAUAAGAAGAUGACAGCUGCACGAGCAGCUGCAGCUGGUGGACAGUAACUUUCACAGAUGUCCUGGAGGCCCUGAAGUACCCCUUCCCUCCCUGGUUUAAAGUAAUACCCCGUGUGAAGUCUCAGAGAACAAGCAUUGGGGAAGGGCUGUUCUCCUGUACUACUCCGGAUGGAUUAUCAGGGUGGUACUUAUCAAUUAAGGCACUGUUAGUCCUCCCUGGGCAAGAAAGAUCUCCAUCUUCCUCCAAAUUAAAGAUUUCUUCUUGCACUCCCAUUUUCUCUUCUGUCCUAUUUCACUGACAUUUUUCCUAACAAGUUGAGUUUAAAAGUGGUUGUGAUCCAGUGAUAUAAUUUGGAUUUUUAUAGCACCUAAUUACCCUCAUAAUUUAAAUUAAACAUUUGUAAAAUCUUUAAUCUUUUCUGUUUCCAGAGGGCUUUAAAAAUAUUUCCGCUUUAUUACAUUGACAAGGACCUAAGAUAGUGACUGGACAUAAUUGGUGAGUUAAUUUUUUUUUUUUUUGGUACCGGGGAUUGAACUCGGGUCCUUGUGCUUUCGAGGCAGGCGCUGCAACCACUGAGCUAAAUCCCCGGCUAGUGAGUUAAUUUUUUAAAAAUUCACUUACAUGGACUUUCAUUGCAUAUGUUUGUUUUAGUUUAUUUUUCUUGAAUUGGGAGUAGGAAUAUAUUACCCUUUCCUCUAAGUUCAGAAAUAUUUACAUGAAAUACUCAUAAUCAUUCAUUAACUCACUUUUUUUUCUAUCUGUGUCCCUACUCAUGGCCCCCCAAAUAUAUAUCCAAGAUAUUUUUAUUUGACACUGUAUUCAAUAUGAAAAAGAAUAGACUUUUAAAACGAAAAAUCUUAUGAGAGUUGGGGCAUGCUAAAUGCUGGCUUAAAGGUUUUUGAGGGAGUAUGUGGGUCUUAGACUCCUGGUGGAUUCUCUGUGAGUUUAAAAAUGAAAGAGAAAAAAAGAAAGAAAGAAAAAGACGCUGUGACUGCUGUCGCGUCACAGACUAUCCUUUUGGCCUCCAAUGAUUAUAUUUCCUGAGUUUAGAUUUUAGUAGUCUAAUUUAUCUUUGCAUUUUUUUUGGUAAAGAAUAGAAAGAUAUUCUUUUAUUGGCAUCCUUAGUUCAUAGAUGUGUUUAAGGAUUGUUAAAAUUUGAAUUGACUUUGACUAGUAGCACCCAGUGCCCCCUCAUCUUUCGGUGUGACUUCACUUGCAUUUCAUAACUCACAGUGGCCCUUUCCAGAGCAAGGCCGAUUUGCCUGCCAUUCCCAGAACUGACCUGAUUUUUAUCUUUAAUUUCUCCUUUUCACUCUUACUGGCCGUAGAAUGACCAAACUGUUCCCCUGCCAAUUCUAGACUUACUUUUUCUGGUUACCUUGUCCAAAUUAAUGUCUCUUCCUAAUCUCAUCAUUUGCUUCCCUGUAUUUUUAUGUCUUUAAUUUAGAAUGUAUUAUUUUUAUUGAUUUAAAUGUAGUUUGUAAAACUUCUUUAUUGUUUCUUAUAUGCAUGGAUCUUCUUUCCUAUUCAGAUUGUGAGCUCCCUAUGAGCAGUAAUCAUAUCUCCUAAUUCUUUUAUGUGCCUAGUAUAGUGCCGUGCACAGGUAGGCAAUGAAUAAAUGCUUGUUAAUUAAAUUGAAUCAAUUUAAGUUACAGCAGUUGCAGUAUGAAGCAAAAACUUCUGUUACUGAAUGAAAAAAAUGUCACCAUGAUGUAAGAAAUGGGUUAUCUGUGGAUAUGCUCUUUAUUAUCUCAUUAGGUUGUAAUGCAGAAGAUUAAAUAAAGUUAAUACUUA